AUGUGUGCCUCUACUGGUUCCCAUCUCCUCCUGGCGAUCAUCAUUAUCACGUGUUAUUUGAUGACGGGACCGCACAACAGCGUGGCUUCCCAGAAGAAGACCUCCUGCCAAGUGGAAGAUGGCAGAGCUGACUGCAGCCAUCUCAGCCUCGGUGUGAUCCCUCCGGACCUUCCCAGGGACAUCAGCAGCCUGGAUAUGUCUCACAACAGAAUGUCAAAGAUCCCCCCUGAGUCCCUAACACGCUAUAGAGGCCUGCUGCACCUUGAUGUCAGUUACAACAGUGUCACAAAGCUGGAUGAGGGUUUGUGCCGGACGCUGCCUCUGCUGGAAACACUCAACAUGGGACAUAAUGAAUUGCAUUUGCUGAAGAAAGAGGAUCUGAGCCAUUGCAGCAAUCUGACAGGGUUGAAUUUGGCUAGUAACAGGCUCAAGCUACAAGGAGAGCCAUUCUCUACACUACAGAGCCUGAAGUAUCUCGACAUUUCCUCAAACAAACUGCAGUCAGCCAAGCUGGGCUCUCAGCCUCAGCUGCCCAGCCUGCAGAAGCUCAAUCUGGCCUUCAACGGCUUCACCACUCUGAAGGCUGAUGACUUUAUCUACCUUAACAACUCGUCCUUUUUAAAGCUCCUCAACCUGUCGUCUGUGUCUCUUAAAAAAUUGGAGUCUGGUUGCUUUAAGCCCAUUUCAGGCCUGCGUGUUUUAAUCAUGGAUGGAAGCAACACAGGUACUCUGGUGAUCUCUAAACUCUGCUCCGAGCUGUCUGGAACAGCUAUUGAUGCCCUGUCGCUUCGUAUGAUGAAGCUAGUCACACUUACAAACACUACCUUUAAAGGGCUGCAGAAAACCAAUCUUACUUUGCUCGAUCUCUCUCGUAAUGGCAUGGGUAAAAUAGAAGGAGGCUCAUUUCAUUGGCUCUCCAGGCUUCAGACUCUUAUUUUGGCGGAGAACAACAUCAAACACGUGACCAAGGGAACAUUUCAAGGGCUUAAAAGCUUGAAAAAACUCCAGAUGACAAAAGCUCUAGUGAAAGGUCAUACUUCCUCCACCCCGAUCAUUGACGAUUUCUCCUUCCAAACAUUAAGCAACGUGGAGAGUUUGAUAUUGAACCACACUGCGAUACGGGAAAUCACUGAGCACACAUUUACAGGCUUGACGAGUCUUAAAGAGCUCGAUUUGAGCUGGAGUAGUUGUACAUCUCUCAAAAACAUCAACAACAAGACCUUAGCGUCACUAGAAGGAUCACCUCUCCUCAAACUCAAUCUGUCUGUGACAGCUUUGAGUCAUAUUAAUCCUGGGAGCUUUUCCAUGUUAAAGAACCUCACUGUUCUUCUCCUGGAUUUUAACUACAUUAAGCAAACUCUCACCGGCAAAGAGUUUGAAGGACUGGAUCAAAUCCAAGAGAUCCACAUGUACAACAACCACCAAAAAGUCAUUCUAAGCGCAACGUCCUUUUUUUAUGUGCCAAAUCUUCGGGUCCUGACUCUGGGAAAAAGUCUCAACUGGACAGCCUCAAACUUGGAACCGUCUCCGUUCAAUCACCUGUCCAACCUGACCUUCCUGGAUCUUAGCAACAACAAUGCCGCUAAAAUCAAAGAAAGCACUUUCCAGGGCCUCGUGAACCUGAAGGUGCUAAAGCUCCAGCACAAUAACUUGGCUCGUGUGUGGAAGAGUGCCAACCUAGGUGGGCCAGUGUUGUUUCUCAAAGGGUUACAGAGCUUGACCACCCUUCUGCUGGACAAUAACGGCCUGGACGAGAUUCCAGCAAAGGCUCUGAGAGGGCUGGGCAACCUUGGUGAACUGAGCCUCGCUAACAAUCUCCUCAACAGUCUCAAGAACUCCAUUUUUGAUGGUCUGACCGCACUGCGAGUUUUACAUUUGCAGAAGAAUUUGAUCACAACUGUGAGGCCUGAAGUGUUUAAAACUCCUUUGAGCAACAUCAGCCUGCUCAACAUGGAGAAAAACCCAUUCGACUGCACCUGUGAGAGCAUCCUGUGGUUUGUGAAUUGGUUAAAUCACACGAACAUGAGCAGUGUGCUUGGCCAAAAGGAGCAGUACAUGUGCAACACACCGGUGGCUUACUUUAACCAAUCCAUCUUGAAAUUUGAUGUGCCGUCAUGCAAAGAUAUGACCCCAUUUCAGGCGCUGUACAUACUGAGCAGCACGGCUGUCCUCAUGCUGAUGGUAACUGCACUUCUGGUUCGCUUCCACGGCUGGAGGAUUCAGUUUUAUUGGAACAUAUUGAUCAAUCGCACGUUAGGAUUUAGCGACGCCUCAGUCGAAGAGGGAAGGGACUUUGAAUACGAUGCCUAUGUCAUACAUUCAGAGGAAGACCGCAGCUGGGUGGAGAGAAGGAUGGUCCCAUUGGAGAACGACAAUUGUGUGUUUUGUUUGCAGCAUCGUGAUUCAAUACCUGGAGUGUCGCAGCUGGAGUCCAUUGUGGAUAAUAUGAGGAAUUCUAGGAAGAUCUUGUUUGUUGUCACUGAAAGGCUGCUCAACGAUCCCUGGUGUCGCAGAUUUAUAGCCCAACAAGCACUCCAUCAGGUCAUUGAAGACAGCAGGGACUCUGUGGUUCUGGUCUUCCUGCAGGAUGUCCACGACUACAAGUUAUCUCGCUCGCUCUUCCUCCGCAGGGGAAUGUUGCGUCCAUGCUGUGUCCUGGACUGGCCGGUCCAUAAGGAGAGGGUGCCGGCCUUUCACCAGAAGCUCCUCAUAGCAUUAGGCAUGACUAAUCGAUUGCAAGAGUGACUGUAUCCUAUUUAGAACAAUUGGAAAAUUCUCUUUGCAAUAACAAUUCUUAAAGUUUAUUGUCAGAUUUUUUAAUCGUGGUUUGUUUUGUCCUCCGUCGUCCUACAGUUCGUUUGAUGUAGCCUCAAGACUUUAAGAAGGUCAUCAUCUUUACUUCAGGAAAAAUUUAGGUUGUAGACACUGGGAUUACCUUUUAUAUGUAGCUUUAUAAAGCAAGAAAAUCUAUAAAAAUAUAAAAUAUUUCCAAUAGAUUGUUUAUGGGGAUUCAGUUAAAGAGACUGUUACACAUUUGAGGCGUACAACUCAUGUUUUUAAAUAAAGUUCAACUAAAGUUGUUUGACCGGC